ACCGUCUUCGUUGUUUUCCUUUGUUUCGCCUCUCUCGUCCCUCUUCUCUUCUCCUUCCGGACUCCCGCUCGCUCAGCUCGUCAUGAGCUCGCAGCGUUAUCAACGGGUGAACGCCCACGAUGAAGAAGGCGACACACACCAGUCACAUUCGUCGAUCCCUCUACGACCCAACCCGACGCCUUCCUCCCCACCUCCCUCGUUCCGCUCUCGCUCCUCCUCCCCAUCCAGACGCCUUCUCCACGACGACUCUCGCCGAGACCAUGCCGACCAGACGUUAGCCGAUGCCUUUGGCGAUGGUAGUGAAUCCGAGGGCGAGGAUGAGCCCGACGACCGCCAGCGGCUAAUGCGGGCCCAGCCGGAUACCCGCUCGGUGGCGGACAGCAGCAGCAGCAGCGUCGCCGCGGCGUCAUCAUCGUCGUCCAGUGGAUCGGAACAGCAGGCAGGGGACGUACGCUCCGGCGGAGGCAUUCAGAGAAGACCGACGCUUUUGCCGUCGUUUAACACCCCGGGCUCGGGCGCCGGUCGGGUCAUCAGUAACGCGAACGAUGGUGUUUUUGCCAAUCUGGCGGCUAAGCCGGAGCGUGGGGAGAAGAACGAGGAUUUGCCUCCGUCCUACGAAGAAGCCGCUGCGGAUGCCACCCCCCCGUACUGGGAGACGACGAUCCUUGCGCCGGGGAUUUCGUCAGAUGAGGUGUUUGUGGAUGGGCUGCCGGUUGGCUCGAUCUUCUCGUUUGUCUGGAAUGCCAUGAUCUCCAUGUCGUUCCAGCUGGUCGGAUUCCUCCUGACCUACCUCCUUCACACGACGCACGCCGCCAAGAAUGGUAGCCGGGCUGGACUCGGCCUCACAUUGGUGCAGUACGGCUUUUACAUGAAGGGCGGCGGUGACUCGAAGGGGUCGGACGACGGGGGCUCGGACUACGUGACGCCGCCAGACCCCAACAGCCAUAGCUUCGACCCGAAUAAUGUGGAUGGGGGCUCCGGGGGGGAUGGCGGCGGUGCCGUGUCCGCCAUCACCACGAGCGAAUGGAUCUCCUAUGUCUUGAUGAUCGUCGGGUGGUUCAUCCUGAUCCGGGCCAUCAGCGAUUUCCUGCGCGCGCGACGCCACGAGCAACUGGUGCUACAGAGCCCCGAGCGAGGACUCAACGUCCCGAUCAUUGCGGAGGGCGAGCGAUCGGAGACGGUCGUCUAGACAUCGCGUUUUCAUGGAAAGGGGCAUGGUUCACUUGGGCGCAUGGGAGUUCAUAAUGUUGUUCUUGCGAGUCGCUAUUCUUAUAAUUGGGCCCUACGAUCCGAUCCACCUUGUAGGAUGGAUGGGAGCCUGCUGCUGCGGGAUUGUUGUUGACUCGGGAUUUCUUUCCUCUUCUUUCGUCUUAUAUUGCGGCGAUUGCAGCUAUCGCAUGAGGGGGGGCACGCCAAGUUACCUGACCUGUAGCUUAGAAUUCUUGUUAUAUUGUUGGCGAGAUACCUUUUGGACGUGAUGAUAAUUGACCGAAUCCAUACUCAUUGCUUGCUAGGGAC